AUGACCUUGGCGCAAAUUCCCAGAAACGUUGACACUCGAUAUCUGCCAAGAGUAACCGUGCUCCAGAAAGGCUCUCGUGGCUAUGGCUUUGUGGUACAAAGUAAAAGAGCAACAGGAGGCAUAUUCGUCCCCACGGAUGAGAUACCCUCGCUGCACUACUUGGGCCACGUGGAGGAGAAUAAUGUCGCCUCUCGUGCAAACCUUCGGCCUGAUGACUUCAUUCUCGAGGUGAAUGGUAUCAACGUGGCCACACUUUCGCAUCAAGAAGUAGUGGAGGCCAUUCGAGACUCCGGUGACAUGCUCUCCCUCAAAGUUGUCACUCUGCCCUCGCCUGAGAUCGAAGGUCCAAACCAAGCCUCCGGCAUUCUAAAAAAUGAUAGUGGAUGCAACACUUUGGGUCGUCGAUCCUGCAGAGGAGGAGGAGGAGGAGGUGGUGUUGGCUACAGCUCUCCCACAUGCACCACAACGUCACCUCGGAUGAUCAAAAGCGGCUCCUUCGUCAACGGCGCCUCUCAGCAAGAUCAGCGGACAUUCUCGAGGGAGCCUGACGGUUUCGGAACUAUUCGGCGAUCCAACGACUCCAGGCAAAGGUCUUGUUCCCAGGGCGGCACAAGUGACAGUGCUUACAAUCCACAACCGUACCUUGUCAUCUCACCUCCGAAGCCCGCUAACGGAAACGGAUAUCCCUACGAUAUGGUAAAUUCAAUAAUUAAUGAGAGUACACUGAGAAGAUCUGCUCCACAGAGCUCCAUAGGAAUCCCUACAGUCUCAUCACCACCACCACCGCCACCCCCACCACCACCGCCACCUCCCCCAGCCUGCAAUACCCAAAGGAAAAAAGGCUUUUCUUCAGCACCCAGUCCAUCUGCAGAUUUCAAUGGUACCUCAAUUUUCAAGAAGAGUUGUCUACGCCGUUCAACACACACUCCAGACUUCCAAGAUGAGCUGAAACCUAUGGAGUCAAAACCUUCUAUGACCUCUCCGCCUCCGCUCUUUUGCAAUGCCAACGGCACUGUUAACCCCCUUCUGGCCUCUGUGCUUGCAAAGCUGGAUGCCUCGGAGACUGAAGGCAUCACCUCGCUCGCUUCUGAACCGCCUAAGUCCAAACCACUGCAAGCACCUAUCGAGAACAGCUUCGAAGAGACCCUUAAAGCUGCAAUUGCUCGGCGUCGCAGGCAGAUGAAUCAGUCAAGAGAGUCCAGCGAGUCCGAGGACGAUUUUCAUAGUCUCCGACCCGUAUCGAGCGGCUUUAAUCAGCCUCAGUCACCGCCAUCAUCGCUGUCACAAUCCAAAGCCAAUGUCACUAUGUCUUGUGGUGGUGUAACAGCGCCUGAACGAACGACUCUCUCAAGUCGGUUUGAGGUCGGCAGAGCGGAGAGACCGAUUUAUUCAAGAUCACAGCCUCCACCACCACCGCCACCAGCACCACCACCGCCUCCGCCGCAAAUGAGCGGCGGAUUUCGCAGAGGAUUGCAUUGA